CUGUCUCGCCGCUGCCUGUCAGCGCCAUGUUAUUGCUCUGACACUGCGGCUCCGGCAACAGGUCGGAGAGGGAAUCGCGGCGCCGCGCUGCGGGCGGAGGUGGCCGGGCCGCCGUCACUCUCGGGCUCGGAGGAGUUGCGGAUCCCGGCAGGGAAGAAGGAGCCACUGUUUCAAAAUCCAUUGGUUGUCCAUCGUUUCCGACAAUGACAUAACCUGUGCGGGAGGAGUUUUAUAGUGAAAAAGCCAUUGCACUGGAGCAAUUCCACUCUCUCGGCCUCAAAGAUCUUGCUCCAAUGGUACAAAAGAUCAUCAGGACUGGAGACUUCCUCGGCUGCAGUGGAAAGCCAUGACGCCGUCUGUGCCCUAUCAUACCCUCCGUUCUUCACAAAGCGUUGCAGCGCCGCCACCUUGACUGUUGGAUCUUGUUGUUGAUCUCAUCCGGCCAGUCCACCAGAACUGGCUUCACAUGCUGGGCUAGGCACAUCCUGAUCUCGCUGGGGUUGGAGGUUCCCGGCUACCCUCACCUGGAUUAACUGUUUGCAUGCAACAGUGGCCACACUGCUUCGACAGAUGGGCUAACCCAGAUGACCAGUAGCUAGCAAGACGUGGUCAUGACCAUGAUGGCUCAGUUUCCUACGGCCAUAAAUGGUGGCCCUAAUAUGUGGGCAAUCACCUCAGAGGAACGAGUCAAACAUGACCAGCAAUUUAUAAGUCUUAAACCACUUGGAGGAUUACUUUCAGGUGAGCAAGCUCGUACUUUCUUUCUGCAAUCUGGUUUACCAAAGCUCGUGCUAGCUGAAAUAUGGACCCUUGCCGAUUUGAACAAGGAUGGAAAGAUGGACCAGCAGGAAUUCUCCAUUGCAAUGAAACUGAUCAAGAUGACCCUUCAGGGUCACCCAGUUCCCAACAUUCUUCCUCUUGUCAUGAAACAGCCCCCAAUUGCAUCACCUUUGAGCUCUGCACGAUUUGGGAUGGGAAGUAUGCCAAAUCUGUCCAUCCCACCAAACGUGCCUUCAUUUGCUUCUUUGGCUCCAACGUCAUCAUUGGCAUCAGCAUCCACCUUGCCACCUCUGAAUAUGUCAGUUCCCCUGGUGCCUGCUGUUGGUUCGUCAGCCUUUUCAAGUAAUACAUCUGUCCUCAUUCAACCUCUAUCUGCACAAAGUUCUGCAACACUUCCUCAUACUGGACCACUGAGACAUACGAUAGCAGGAUAUGCAGGCACUGGUCUUCAAAAGGCACAGUCAUUGAUUGAUCUUGGCUCCAGCAGCAGUUCAUCAUCAUCCACUACAUCUCUUGCUUCUCCUAAAAUUGUUUUCUCUGACUGGGGAGUUCCUCAGUCUAGCAGGCUCAAAUAUCGACAGGCCUUCAACAGCCUUGAUAAAUCCAUGAGUGGUUACUUGUCAGGUCCUCAAGCCAAGAAUGCACUUGUUCAGUCCAAUUUGUCACACAGUCAGCUAGCCACCAUUUGGAACCUGGCAGAUGUUGAUCAGGAUGGAAAGCUCAGAGCAGAAGAGUUUAUUUUAGCUAUGCAUUUAAUUGACAUGGCUAAGUCCGGUCAGCCGCUUCCCAUCACUCUGCCGCCAGAACUGACACCUCCUUCAUUUAGAUCAAGCAAAUGGGGUGAAGGAAUAAAUGGAACACAACCUCAAUAUCAGGAAAUAGCAGAGGAAAUUCAGGAAGCCCAGAAAAAGUCACCUGUCACUUUCGAGGAUAAAAGAAAAGCGAACUACGAAAAGGGUAAUGCAGAGUUGGAGCGUAGGCGACAGACCCUUCUGGAACAGCAACAGCGAGAGGCUAAUCGCAGAGCACAACGUGAGAAGGAGGAGCAAGAAAGAAAGGAACGAGAGCAGCAAGAGCAAGAACGGAAAAAACAGCUUGAAAUGGAGAGAAGGUUGGAGAAGCAACGUGAGCUCGAGCGUCAAAAGGAAGAACAAAGGAGGAAAGAAGUCGAAAAGCGAGAGGCGGCCAAGCAGGAACUAGAACGGCAGCGACAGAUUGAAUGGGAGCGAAUCCGGCGACAGGAACUCCUUAACCAACGGAACCGAGAACAAGAUGAGAUCGUGCAGUUAAAGGCUAAAAGGAAAAGUUUGGAACUUGAACUGGAGGCAUUAAGUGAGAAGCAGCGAAAUGUUGCAAGCAAAGUGCAGGAAGUGAAGAGCAGAAAAGAAGAUCAAGAAAAUGAACUUAAUCUCAUAAAUCAGAAGCAUGAGCAGAGGAGAACAGAAGUGAAUGUUUUGCAGCAACAACUUCAGGAAUGUCAGAGUACGCUAAAUCAACUAAUUCCUAUGAAGCAGGCACUGAGCAACCAAAUAAAAGAAUUUCAGCCCAACUCUAAUCAAAGCCUUGUGCUGUUGAAGCAUAGCCACACUGAAAAGAGAGAAUCUUGUGAACGGCUUCGCCAACAACUGAAGGAACUAGAGAAGGAGACAGCAGACAAACUUUCUGAAAUGGAUGCUUUUAACAGCCAACUGAAGUGUGAGGAAAUGGACGACUUUGUACUUGAGUGCCUUCUCUCUCUGCUGGGCUGUCUCAGCAGCUUGUUCCUUUUAUUGAAGGAACUACGGGAAAGCUACACCAAACAGCAGUUUGCUUUGGAGCAGCUCUACAGAAUCAAAGAUGAUAAAAUUCGAGCACUUGAAAGAAAAAGUGAAGAGUUGGCAAGGAAAAGAAAGCAAGAGGAAGAUGCUUUGAGAAAAGCAAAACAGGAAAAGGAAAAUAAUUGGAAAUUAAAUGUCAGAAGAGAAGAGGAAAUAAAGCAACGGAAGCUGGAGGAAGAACGACUUCAAGAUAAAAUCCGCGAGGAAGAAAAUAGGAAAAAUGAAGAAGCUGCUGCCAAGCAAAGGGAAGUGGAAGCACAAAGUAAAAAACUUGCCGAGGAGAAGCAAAGGCAUGAAGAGGAGGACAAGAAAAGACUUGCACAACUUCAAAGGGAAGCCGAGGAGAAACGCCGUCAUGAGGAAGAAGAAAAGAAGAAACGUGCACUGCUUCAGAGAGAAGCUGAAGAAAAGCGUCGUCUUGAAGAGGAAAUGAAAAGGAAAGCUCAGAUUCAAAGAGAAGAGGAGGCAAAACAGCAUGAAGAGGAAGAAAAAAGAAGAAAAGAAGCCAUGAAACGAAGUGAGUCUGAGAAACCUCAGGGAAGGACUGAUGUACAAAUUAAAGCCAAAGACAUAAUGAAACACUUUGAUGAUAAGCCAAUAUAUGGAUCAAGGAAAGAAGUGCCAAUCAACAAAAGUAAGAACUCCGUGCAUAGAAAGUCUGCUAUCUUGACAAACUACCGAGCAUUAUAUCCAUUUGAAGCAAGAAAUAAUGAUGAACUCAGCUUUCAGACUGGUGAUCUGAUAGAGGUUGAUGAAACAGCCGAGGGGGAGUCAAGCUGGCUGUAUGGAACUUUGCAAGGAAAAGUUGGUUGGUUCCCAGUAAACUACGUGGAGAAGGUGACAGAGAAUGCAGCUUCUUUGUCUCCCAAAAAGGCUUUAUUGCCGCCAUCAAAACCCGUUUCAACUACCUCAGUUUCUCCAGGACCUCAAGCCCCAAGUAAAGUAGGUGAAGAAGGGAAUAUUCAAUCAAGUCGAGCCUUUUCAGGGAUAAGCGGCAGUCCCAUGUGGCAAAAAUCUGCUUUUACACCAACUCUUCCUCCAGGUUCUGGGUCACCUAUUUAUGACCAGGUUGAAGGUGUUCAAACUUUUAAGGCCCUGGCACUCUGUUCAUGGACGGCAAAGAAAGAGAACCAUUUGAAUUUUUCAAAAGAUGAUGUAAUUGAUGUGCUGGAAAAGCAGGAUAACUGGUGGUUUGGAGAGGUUCACGGUGCAAAGGGUUGGUUUCCCAGGUCAUAUGUCAAGGUGAUCAGUGAGCAAGCACAGCUAUCAGUGGAAUCUGGUCCUGUUUAUGCAUCAGUGGUUAAAAGCUCCAGCCCUAUAUCCCAGGCAGUAGAAGAGUAUAUUGCACUAUAUUCGUAUGAAAGCACUGAAACUGGAGAUUUAACCUUCAAUGCGGGUGAGGUGAUUCUGGUCACCAAGAAAGAUGGAGAAUGGUGGACAGGAGCUAUUGAUGAUAGAACAGGUGUCUUUCCUUCAAAUUAUGUGAAACCAAAGGAUCCAGAUGGAUCAAGUAGUUCAGGAAAAUCAGGGACAUUAAACAAGAAACCAGAGAUCGCUCAAGUAACCUCAGCAUACACUGCAACAGGUACUGAGCAGCUAAGUCUCAUCCCUGGCCAGUUGAUACUUAUUUUGAAGAAAAAUGCAUCUGGAUGGUGGCAGGGUGAAUUGCAGGCCAGAGGUAAAAAGCGGCAAAAGGGAUGGUUUCCUGCAAGCCAUGUUAAAUUACUCGGGCAAAGUAGUGGAAAAUCCACACCAGGUCCACCUCCAGUCUGUCAGGUCAUAGCAAUCUAUGACUAUACUGCUGUGAAUGAAGAUGAACUUAGUUUUUCCAAAGGUCAGCUUAUUAAUGUGAUAAACAAGGAUGAUCCAGACUGGUGGCAGGGAGAAUUAAAUGGAAUGAAUGGCUUAUUCCCUUCCAAUUACGUCAAGACAACCGUAGAGUCUGAUCCAAGUCAGCAGUGGUGUGCUGAUCUCUAUUGCCUUGACACCAUGCAACCUAUCGAAAGAAAACGCCAAGGUUACAUUCAUGAACUGAUUCAGACUGAAGAGAGGUACAUGGAUGAUUUACAACUGGUUUUGGAGGUUUUUGAGAAACCAAUGGCAGAAUCCAAGCUUCUGACAGAGUCUGAGCUGCGAACCAUUUUCGUGAACUGGAAAGAACUCAUCAUGUCAAACACCAAGCUCUUGAAGGCUCUGCGUGUCAGGAAGAAGAUUGUUGGGGAGAAAAUGCCUGUGCAGAUGAUUGGAGAUAUCCUGACCACAGAACUGUCGCACAUGCAGGCUUACAUUCGGUUUUGUAGUUGCCAGCUGAAUGGAGCAUCUAUACUUCAGCAGAAAACUGACGAAGAACCAGAUUUUAAAGAUUAUCUAAAAAAAUUGGCUUUUGACCCUCGAUGUAAAGGGAUGCCUCUUUCCAGUUUCUUACUAAAGCCAAUGCAGAGAAUUACACGUUAUCCACUUAUUAUUAAAAAUAUUUUGGAAAACACUCCAGAGGUCCACGCAGACCAUAGCCAUUUAAAGUUAGCAUUGGACCGUGCAGAGGAGCUGUGCUCCCAAGUAAAUGAAGGUGUGCGUGAGAAGGAAAACUCUGACCGCCUAGAAUGGAUUCAGUCACACGUUCAGUGUGAUGGGCUAGCAGAGCACGUUACUUUUAACUCCAUAACAAAUUGUUUGGGACCACGGAAGCUGCUGCACAGCGGAAAGCUUUACAAAACAAAGAGCAACAAAGAGUUAUAUGGCUUCCUUUUCAAUGAUUUCCUGCUGCUCACCUACAUUGUAAAGCAGUCAUUUAUUUCAUCGGGUUCUGAGAAACUAUUCAGCUCAAAAUGUAAUUCACAGUUUAAAAUGUACAAAACGCCUAUUUUCUUGAAUGAAGUUCUUGUGAAACUACCGACUGAUCCAUCAAGUGAUGAUCCGGUCUUCCAUAUUUCUCACAUUGAUAGGGUGUACACACUCAGAGUGGAAUCUUUGAAUGAGAGGACUGCCUGGGUUCAAAAGAUUAAAGCAGCUUCAGAACAGUUUAUAGAAACAGAGAAAGGAAAACGUGAAAAAGCUUAUCAAGCACGUUCACAGAAGACGAGUGGAAUUGGACGGCUUUUGGUGAGCAUUAUUGAGGCGACCGAACUGAAACCCUGCCGAGCAAAUGGAAAGAGCAAUCCUUACUGUGAAGUCACCAUGGGAUCCCAAUGUUACACGACUAGAACUCUGUCAGACACUUUGAACCCAAAGUGGAACUUUAACUGCCAGUUUUUUAUCAAGGACCUUUACCAGGAUGUAUUGUGUAUCACAGUCUUUGAAAGAGAUCAAUUUUCACCCGAUGAUUUCCUAGGUCGGACAGAGGUCCCUGUGGCAACAAUCAAAAAGGAGCAAGAAGGCAAAGGACCAACUACAAAACGCCUUCUUUUGCAUGAAGUGCCAACAGGGGAGGUAUGGGUGCGUCUUGAUCUUCAAUUAUAUGAACAGAAGACAUUACUUUGAAGCUUAAGCUUCAAAAUUUUGUGAAUUUUGAAUGCUCAAUGAGUAAGAUUGUGUCAUUGGUCAAUGGAUGGCAAAAUUGGAAACAGUUUGUUCUAGAAUUCCCGAGAAAGCCUAACAAAUGAAACCUCAACCAAAAUACACUGUGAUACUCAGUCAUGCUCAUAGCCAAUUAGGUUCCAGCCUUGUCAUUGUGAUUGAAAUAAUGAGUUUUUGCUGAGUUUUUUUUUUGCCAUUCUGAGUCUGGUUUCCUUGUCACUAAAACUGUUCACAAGAAAUCACUAAGGAAAUAUAAUGCAGAUUUCAUCAGUUUGGGCAAUGAGCCAAUCAGAUUACCUCCCCUCUUGUUGAGGACAACCCUAUUUCCUGCUUGGAACUGCUCAUGGCAAGCUGCAGAAUGACUUUACUUUUAACUUUUGUUUGAAAGUAAUGAAUAUCAAGAAUUCAAGUAAUUCAAAAGCCAUUCACUUAUUCUAUUGUACUUUCCAAAGCAUGCAUAUUUUGAAUUGUCUUGUAUUUUCCUUUUGUAACUGUUAAAGUUUACUUCUCAGAACAAUUUUGAAUGGAAUGGAAUUCUAGGCUUAAGCCCAAAUUUAUUCAGCUUUAUUUUCAAGUGAAUCACUGGUGAAAAGAAAAACUGAUAACGUUUACCAAGUUUUAGAAAGGUGCAUGCAGGAUAUUUGCUGGAGAUGCAAACUCUUUAUAAGAGCUAAAAUCCGUGAGAGGGCCUUAGCUAGUGAACUGGAUCAGUAAAGUUUUGUGAAACUUUUUGUCACAUGGUAUAAAGGCAUUUGUCCAAUACAUGAAAAAUGCAGUGCGUGAAAAGGUCUAUCUUGGCACUAGUUUUGAUUAUAAUUAGUAGUACAUAAUACAGCUUUCCUCUUUGCCUUAGUUCAGGUAGCUAGUAAGUCAAAAGGCUUCUGAAAAAAAUAUUUUUUGUAGUCAUUCAUUAAUUAAAAUAUUUUGUCAUAUCUGGAAGGACAUAGGAACUAUACCAAUAUUUUGUUAAAUUCAGUGGAUUUUAUAUAGUAAUGAAAAUAUUUUUGCAUUCAGUGGUGUAACUUUGAAAUUUAAGACCUUAUAAAGGAAAGUAUUAAAUCAGACCAAAUUUGAUGACUAGUUUCUCAGAUGCCAGCUUAAUAAUUUGUUUAUAUCUGCACAAAUACAUUCUUGAUCAAGUCAUUAAGAUGUUUAUUUCAUAUAUAUAAGCCAUCAUUCAACUAAUUACCAGAAAACCUGUAUAGAUAAAUUGAGAGAAUGAUUAAAGAGAACAGGUGGGAGGCUGAAACCAUAUUUCAUCCAUUGUCCUUGUAUUUUUACUUGAGAAAUCACAGUUCAUCAGAUCUUCAGCAAAUUACUUUUAUGUGCUAAAGAUAAAACAACAAUAAAUGGUUAUAUCAAAGUAAAAAAAAAUUGAAAUUGUCUGGCACAUUUGAAAAUGGUUUGGAAGAACAGAUUUAUAGUUUGGAUAGUUAGACCUAUUAAUUUCCAACUCUCUCUCAUUUGCUGAUUGACCAAUUCCAUUUUCUGAAAUUAAUGCAGAGAGAGAGUUCUUUUGAUCAUAGACUGUGCUUAUACACCAAAAUUUAUUAUUUCCUGUAUCUCCUUUUUUUAAAUUGAUGUUAUGGAGUCUCAAAGAUCAUUAAAUUCAACUGAUUUUGUUCUUAAGUUUUCUACUCAUGAGAGAUAAGCAGUGGUAAAAUAAACCUAUGUUCCUGUAGAGGUGCAGUGGUUUUUCAAAUCAUUCAUGUAACCUUCAUUCCAACAUUAUAAACAUAUCUUGAACUUAUUGAUACAAUUUUUUAUUUCCUAUUUGAAUUUUAUUUUUUUAUUUAAAAAGCUAUUAACUUUAUAAUGGUGCUGGUAUUGUAUUUUGAUAAUGCAGGCUAGUAUCACUGUACUGUGAAUGUGGUGUUCAGUUAUAUCAGAAUACCUGUAUAAUAAUAGAAAGUUACAUUUUCCAGCUUAGGCCCUUAAGAACACUAUUUAAAAUCUCCCGUUGUUGUUUUAUGAGCUUUGGAAGAUUGUUUAGCCAGAUUUAGUGGAAGUGUUCUAUAUGGUAAUUUGUAAGUGUAAUAAAGGAUACAAUAAUUCAAAUCUUAGCAUGCAUGAUUGCCACAGGUAGCAAUACAUGCGACUUUUCUGUUCUAGUAAUGUGGAUUUCCCAUUUUACCAUGCAAGACACAAAUAGUUUCAUAUGAAAACCACAAUACUGACUGUUCAUAUAUGUAAAGUUAUGGGAUUAGUUUUUUGGUUGUUUUGCCUCAAAGGGAGUCAUGGAAUGACAGAAGUGUGUUUCAAUAGAAGUAAAAGUAUCACCUCAUUUGCUUUAUAGAAGCAGACUUCAAUGCAGAUAUAUAACGUGAAAGAAAUAUUUAUCUUCCAUAUUUUUGAGAUCCAUGAUUUUAAAAAAUCCAUAAAAUGGGUAUCUAAACCACUAAAAACCAGUGAUAUUUCAGUAUUACUAUUUAAUUUCCUGUUGAAAUUGAAUGCUUUCAUUUAGGUGAAUUAAAGAAGCAGGUAGGAUUGGUCACAAACCAUGCGUGUUAUUAAACAUUUAAAUGGAUCAUGAGCAAAAUCUAAAAUAUUGUGUACUAACUGAAUAUAUUUCUUGUAAAUCCAAACUCAGAUGUGCACCUAAAUGUCCAUGAAGAUUUGUCGCUUUUUGAUAAUUUAUGUAAGAUUAGAAGAAACAUUAGGGUAAACAGCUGUUCUGCUUGUUUUCCUGGAGAGGUUACAGGUGGAGUUUGGGAACUUCUAUGGAAAUCUUACACAUAUGUGAUUACCGAGGCAUAAUUAAUUUACCAUUCUUGAAGGUAUUUUUGAAGAGCAGUCUGGUUCAAAAAAAAAUCACAUUAACUCAUCCAAGUGAAGAAUAGCUGUGGAGGACAAAGUGUAAGAAAGACAUUAUGAGCUGGGUCAGGUAUUAAUUAUAUUCCAGCAAAGAGUGAUUAGAAGUAUAAACUUGCUUCUUUUAAUGUCUUGGCCUUCUCUUUACUCUCUGCCUUUUCACUGAGAAGUGAUGUUGAACAACUACUACUUACCUACCCACAGACAUAUUAUUGUGUUUUGGAUCGAUUGUAGUCAUAAAACGUUACAAGCUCAACAUUGAGGAACAUUCCUUUUUAAGCUAUGUCCUUUUCACUUCAUUCCUUGUCCACUAUCAUCUUCAUCUAAGAAUAGUGACUGGCCACUGGCAAUAAUGACUCUGAUCAUCAAUUGGUUGAGAUUCAUGAGGUAGUCUUACCGACACCUCUGCAGUAAUAUGAUUGCUGCAGUGUUUGAAAAUUAUCCUGUGUGUGGCAGUGAUUAGACAUUUCUUGCCAUUUUAGCAGAUGAUACUCAGUUAGGAUUAAAAGAAAAAAAAGUACUUUCAAAUAAAAAUGUUACUGAAGGAUUCUGUAAAUGCUAUGACAUACUGCUGAUGUUUACCUCCCCCAACCAGAUUUCUUGAGAGCAAAUAUUGUACGGUUGACCCAGCUGCUAGGAUAUUGGCAUUGACUGUCAGAAUGUGCCACAUAUGGCAUCUGUCAUUAUUUUGAUCACUGACCUUUAAGCUAGAAUGUAUAAAAAAAACUCAAAACAGCUGCAAGUUCUGCAGCAUAAAUUAAUUUUCUCAAGUGCAAAAAUGUAUAUUAUAAAUGAGGGAACAGGGAAUAUCUAUUUUGCCAAAUAUUUUUCCUAUCUAAUGGAGCAAUUGUUAUAAGGGUUCUGAAAAACACACUGUGUGGUAUUAAACCUCUUUGAUAAUUCAGUCAAACCACUGCCAAACUGUUACCAUUGUUGAAAACUAACAGUUUAAAGGGGAUUGAAACUGGAAGUUACAGUUUAAUAUUUAAAGUCCUUGGCAUGUAAAUUGUUUUUUUUUGCUUUGUUAAAUCAUGUAAAACUUUUUUUUAAAAUUCUACUGUGAUUUUAUGCCACUGCUUUUCCUACGCAGUCUGCUGUAGAGUAUCUCUUUGCACUACUGUGGUAUCAGUUGCUUGAUAUUUUGUAGAUUGAAUUUCUUUGUAUAGUUUGCAGUUUAAUAAU